UCAAAAGAAAAUUAACAGAUUUUUCUGUUUCUUAAGCUCAUAUACUCACUAGUAAACUGGAAUACAAUGCUUCCACUCUGACGACGACGACGACGAUGAGCCCCGCUGUUCUGCUCACUGCUAACAAGCCCUUUCUUCUCACCACCGCCACCUCUGCGAAGAAGAUUCACCCUCACCCUUUGCCUCAAUUAAAUCUCCCUCGCCGCACUAAUCCCUUCCUCGGAUCAACAAGAACCAAUCCAAUCUUCUCUGCAGCUUCUCCUCCCCGCGCUUGGCUCUCGCUUUGCUCCACCAAGGCAGCCCCAAAAUCAUCGGAGGCGGACACCCGGCCAGUCCAACAAGACACUUUGAUUGCCCGCGAUGGCGUUUUGGACGAAGAUGAGGCCCCGUUAUGGAGAGUCCAUGUAGGAACCCCAGCUACUGGUGCUCCCUCGCUUGUUCCAGCUAGACCUAAACUAAGCUUGAGCGACCAAGCUUUCUUUCUUUUGGCCUUCAUCGCUUGCACGACAUCUGUAGCAUUUACAAGCUUGGUCAUUGCAGCAGUACCAACUCUUUAUGCAAUGGGUAGAGCUGCAAUAUCUCUCUCAAAGCUGGCCGAUACUGCACGUGAGGAGCUCCCUAGUACAAUGGCUGCAAUCCGGCUCUCUGGGAUGGAAAUAAGUGAUCUGACUCUGGAGUUGAGUGACUUAAGUCAAGAGAUAGCUGACGGGGUCAACAAAUCUGCUCAAGCUGUGCAAACCGCAGAAGCUGGAAUUCGGCAAAUGGGAUCUCUUGCUCGCGAACGCACCAUGUCAAUGAUUGAGGAGAGGGCGAACCUGCCUAUAAUUUCUUUGCAGCCAGUCGUAGCCGGGGCCGCAAAGAAGACUUCUCAUGCGGUUGGCAAAGCCACAAAGACCUUUAUAAACAUGAUCUCCAGAGCAGAGCAAAGCUCAGAGGAUGAAAAUAAAAACGAAAGCGAAGAUUCAGUUGAUAGUUUAUAAAGCUCAAAAAAUUACGUAUUCUCCCUUUUUUUUGUUUUGGGUUUGGUUGUUUGGGGAGGGGGUGGAAGCAUCACUCCUGGAAGGUGGGUCAUUGAGAUCGAAAGCUUGUGCAAAUUCUGCUAAUGGAGAUGCUUCUUGAUUUGAGUACAUAAUAUAAUAGAAGAGGAGCCUACGAACGUGCAUACAAAUAACAAGCGUUCGUAUGCUAAUGAUUGCUA